AUGGAGCCGUUGAUCGGACCACAGCCUCCACCAAAGGUGUUCGUCUUGUGUUUCGAUGGCACAGGCAAUAAGUUUUCGGGUGAUGAAUCCGAUAGCAAUGUUUUGAAAAUCUUUCGCAUGCUUGAUCGCAGUCGCGGUACUCAGUUUCAUUAUUAUCAACCAGGAAUUGGCACCUAUGUAACAUCAACAUCACUCUCCAGUACAGGUAUAGUCCAUCGGAUCAGGUCGGCAUAUUUGAAGGCCAAAGACUCCGCUGUCGGAUCCUCGUUUGACCAGCAUGUAAUGGGCGGCUAUAAAUUUCUGAUGCGAUAUUACGUCCCUGGCGAUGAUAUUUACUUUUUUGGAUUCAGCCGUGGCUCGUAUAUCGCGCGCUUUCUGGCCGAAAUGCUCGACUACAUUGGUCUUUUGGAAGCAGGAAAUGAAGAGCUGAUUCGGUUCGCAUGGAAGACGUUUGCCAAAUGGCAGCAGCGCCGAGGACACACCGAGGAUGAUGAGGAAGAGAAGAAGAGACUCUUCAAUUACAUGAAAGCCUUCCGAGAGACCUUCAGCCGCCCUAUUAGUCGUAUUCGGUUCAUGGGACUCUUCGAUACGGUUAACAGCGUUCCCCGAUUUGAGUCUGCCUGGAUGCAGCGAAGCAAGUUCCCAUACACGGCGCGCAGUUCGGCUCGUGUGAUCCGACAUGCUGUGGGUAUCGACGAACGAAGGGCCAAAUUCCGACAGGAUCUGAUUUCUGAGGGGAAGCCAUGGCACGAAAGACGCAAACAUCGUGAGCAUUACCUCAGACGACAUAUACAUUUGCACCAUGAGAAGCCCGAGGAGGUCCCAAAGAUCACUCUUAACAACGAUGCCGAGGGAGUCAAAGUUGGGAAUGCGGAAGAAGAACCCGAAAAGGCAACGCACCGACGAGGUCGUGAAGAUGGUGAUUCGGUCUAUCGAACCCCUCGAGGUUCCAGCGCCGGUAGCAGUCGUAAUCUCGACCGCUACCGAGCACCCUCUCCCGCUCGAAAUGUCAGCCAGAAUCUGAUCGUACCGGACCGCAAUGCGUCGGCUGAAGAUGUCUCCUCCGUGCACAGCGAUACAGCGUCCCUGCAGGUUCCUCAUCUAGAGCUUUUGGGGCCACAGGACGAGGAAGACCAAGAUAUUCGGGAGGUCUGGUUCCCUGGUGGGCACGCUGAUAUUGGAGGAGGGUGGAAGCUCGAAAAAGAGGAGCAUUGGCCCCUGAGUCAUGCUCCGUUGGUUUGGAUGGUGCAAGAGGCCAUUAAAGCAGGGCUCAGCUUUGACGCCAAAAAGCUGAAGCAGUUCGAGUGCAGUGAGGAUUACGUUGGGCAGUACUCUCCAAUCCGCGAGCUUGAGGAAGAGCCGGAGUGGUGCUUGGACGAAAGUCAUGAACCAAGCCAGAACGGCGUCGAGGAAGUCACCAUCAAGUUGCCCGAAGAUCACACCGAAGGUGACCGGAAAGCUAACAAAUCAGUCCAUCGGUUCCGCAGCGCGCUGGAAUACUCCAGCACCAAGGGCAAGCUGCAUGACUGCCUACAGUAUGGCGAGGGACUGCCGUGGUCAUCGGUGUUGUCCUGGCGCAUCAUGGAGUACCUCCCAUUUCGGCGUAUGGAUUUGCAGCCGGAUGGCUCAUGGAAGCCCAUUCGCUGGCCACUGCCUUGCGGAGAAGUCCGUGACAUUCCCACAGGCGCGGAGAUUCACAUUUCGGCCAUCCGCCGCCUGAAGUACGACCCAACCUAUCGUCCUGGAAACCUUAUCAUCGGAGGCGGUGGACGCGGUACUCGACGAGCAACGGCCGAGCAUGGCAUUGGGAAAUGGCUGCCCAACAGUCACGAAGGGGAUGUGGUUCGGGCAACGUACAUACGGCAAAUAGAAACGAAGCAGGCUGAAAAUGGCACCGAGAAGGAGAGGUAA